GUUAACAGCCCUUUGCAAUGCUCAAGCACAUAAUGAACACACCCCGUAACUUGUACACACAUGUUAGCACCUGUGUGCCAAUGGCUGAGUGCCACUUUAUACCAUUCUCCCUUUCAUGGAACCCACUUAAUUUCUUGGGGCAGCCUUGACUGGCUCCCCACAGUGUUGCUGCCUCCAUGCAUCUGGCCUUGCCCAGAUCAGUGUACAUUCCAUUAGCAUAAUUGGAGAUAUUAGCAGGUCAGGCAGGUUCUCAGGACAGGCCUUCCCCCACCCUGAUGAAAUUCACCGGCGACAGGAAGGACAACGGGAACCAGCAUGUCAGCCAGCGCUGCUAUUUUCAGCACCCGCUUGCCUCAGUUCCUGUCCCCAGCAGGACCUAAAAAUCCUGCCUUAUACCUGUUGCCAGUUAUGUCACGCAUAAAGUGGUUUUGGCUUCUCAUGAUGGACUGUAUUUCGAGGGUCAAAUUGCCAAAAAUCAAAUGUAGACAAGCUGUGUCCAACUGUCUCCCCACUCAGCUUCAGUGUUACAAAGGGGAGCUCCACAAUUCCUUGAUGUUAGCUGGGAUCUGGCUGUCCCUGUCAUCAUUUUGUUAAACCAGCAUUCUGAUGCUGGUAACAUCUGUUCUCCCAGCUAACAUUCAACACAGAACCAGCAGUAUAACUUGGAUGUGCUGGCUCCAUGUCAUUGUAAACUGGUACCAUUCUCAAACAGCACAGUUUUCACUUUGGAGCCGAGAUGGAUUCUGAGAGGAUCCCAUAUAGUUAUCUGAAAUUAUCAUAUUUAGGUAUUUUCCUCACUGUUGGCUAACACAUUUCUAUUGCUAUAUUCUAAAAAUGAUUCCAGCAAUUAUAUAAUCACCAUUUUCUUUUGGGGAGCUAACUUUGGGAAGUUAAAGCAGGGAAUCCAGGCAAAUUUGCAAGGGGCCUUCAAAAGCUUGUCAGAAGCUUCCUGGGAGUGCAUCAUUUUUUGCAGAAGGUGCCAAUAUUUACAGAGUCUGUGGGAGUGUGUCAUUCUUUGCAGGAUGUACCAUGUUUUGCAGAGGGUCCCUGGGAAUGUGUCAGUCUUUGCAGAGGGUUCCUGGGAAUGUGUCAAUCUUUGCUGAGGGUCCCUGGGGAAGUGUCAGUAUUUGCAGAGUGUCCCAGGGAAUGUGUCAGUAUUUGCAAAGGGUCCCUGGGAAUGUGUCAGUAUUUGCAGAGGGUCCCUGGGAAUGUGUCAGUAUUUGCAAGGGGUCCCUAGGAAUGUGUUAGCAUUUGCACGGGGAGGAUACUGGUUUUGUCAACUCUUGCAGGGGAUCCCUGGGAAUAUCAAUAUAUGCAGGGCUCCUUGUGGCGUGUCAGUGUUUGCAAAAGGAUCCCCACACACAACCGUUUUCAAACCUCCCGUAUUAAAAACACAUCUCAAAGUAGACAUGCAGCCUCCGGAUCCGCUAUGAAGAUCAUGACGAACAGACGGAGGAAUAUGUCGGUGAUGGACAAAAGGACCAUUUCUUAUUAAAAUAACGAGCUAUAAAGGAUCAGAGACGGAAUCUGCUGAAUUUUUUAGUGCCCUCCAUCUUCGGGAUUCUGAUGGGGACCAGUGAAGCAGCGCUCCGCAUGGAAAAUGUUGAACUGAAGGAGGAAUGGCAGGAUGAUGAUUUUCCCAGACCAAUACCAGAGGAACAAGGGAUGGAUGUUCUUGGAAGAUUACCAGCUCUAGAAAAUAGAACUUUGCCCCCUAACACACUGAAUAUCAUUGGGAAUCAUCCAAAGCGUAAGACUCUUGUUGCCCCAGAAAUUAACAUCUCCCUGGAUCAGAGCGAGGGCUCCAUCUUGUCAGAUGAUUACCUGGAUACACCUGACGACCUCGACAUUAAUGUAGAUGAUCUGGAGACUCCGGACGAGACAGACUCCCUGGAAUAUUUAGGAAAUGGAAAUGAGUUGGAAUGGGAAGAUGAUACUCCUGUUGCGAGUGCGAAAAACUCACCCAGUGCAAAAGGGGGCUCUUUUGAAGACUGUGCAGGUGAAGAUGGGGAAUCUACCAAUGGGAGGCUGUGGAGGACAAUCAUCAUCGGAGAGCAAGAACACAGGAUUGACAUGAAAAUCAUCAGGCCAUAUAUGAGAGUGGUGACACAUGGAGGUUAUUACGGUGAAGGACUGAAUGCGAUCAUUGUAUUUGCUGCGUGUUACCUACCUGACAGCGGUUGUGCAGAUUAUACGUACAUCAUGGAAAACCUCUUCCUGUACGUGAUCAGCAUCUUGGAGCUACUGGUUGCUGAAGACUACAUGAUCGUGUACCUGAAUGGGGCCACUCCCCGCAGGAGGAUGCCAGGCCUAGGCUGGCUGAAGAAGUGUUAUCAGAUGAUAGACAGGAGGCUAAGGAAGAACCUGAAGUCGUUAAUAAUCGUUCACCCAUCCUGGUUUAUUAGGACUGUGCUGGCAAUCUCCAGGCCAUUCAUUAGUUUCAAAUUCAUGAGUAAGAUUCAGUAUGCUCACAACCUCUCAGAACUGGAGCAGGUCAUUCCCAUGGAGCAAGUGCAGAUCCCGGAGUGCGUUUUACAAUUUGAGGAAGAGAGAAUCAAAGCAAGGAGACCCAGGACAGAGGAAGGUCAAUCCGUGAUUGAAAAAAGCAGGUCUGGAGCUGCAGCUGAAGAGCAGGAGUAAAGGAAGUUAAGAAGCUUCACAUAAAAGGCUGGAAUUCAGAGAACACCCGGAUGAAGAUCGUGACAAGAAAGUUCUUUUGAAAUAACGUGACUGAGGUUGAUGGUUAUAAAAACUUGACUUUCACUCUCUGCCACUGAUUCCAGGAUUCAGGCAGCAGGCACUGGGCCCCGAGUUCAUAUGAACUCAGUUGCCAUUAUUCAGGCCAUUUUAAUAUGACAUGGGGCUUCCAAUGUCACAAUGCUUCAUGAAAAAUAUGUUGGAUAAGGUCAUAAUUCUAUUGCCAAAAGAGUACCCUUUGCAUAGAUAUUGGGGAAUCAUUUAAUAUCUCCAGUUCCUCCCCUUAGUUCCUGAAGCACUGAUAUUGCUGCAUUGUAGGUUCUAUGGGUAUGGGCCUCACUCCAGCACAUGGCCAUCCUUCAUUAGCCAAGGCUUCAGGUAUCAGCAGGAUAAUCUGCUGAGGUAUCACACCCCAGGCGUGAUUCUCUCCUCAGCCAGCACUCCAUGCAUCCACUUUACAAUAGGGGUCACUGGAUAAAAAUCCCUCACUGGUUGAAGGCUAUAAGGUUUCCAGGUGAAGUAAGCUCCCAAGCAUCCUUCACCCACUUCCACUUUAUUAAAAAGGAUCUCCACCUUUAGCAUUAAUUCAGAGAUUCCAAAGAUAGCUGGUCUGGAAAGGUCAUAUUGCUAAAUUAAGCUUUGGAGUUGAAUAGGAACGUUUUACAGCAUUUGACCCACAAUUAUCUGAGGUUGGCAUCAGUGUACUGGUGGAACAUUUGCUUCAUUGAACAUUAUCACCCUGAUAAGUAUUAAAUAUAAAAUGAUUCAACUGUGGGGUGUCAUAACCAUCUAACAGUAUGGAAAUCUCAGAAGUUUUAGGAUUCUGCUGUGGGACAAAGUAAUGAAAUUACAAUCAAUAUAAAAUGCUCCCCCUGGUGACUGAGUUCCUACAUCUCUGGUAUGACAAGGAAUCUCUCAGAUUCAACCCCUGCUGGCCUGCGCUAAAUUAGCUGAUUUCAGCCAAGAUGGCAACGUAGGAGCACUACAGUUGGAUAUGUGGUGCUAAUUAGGGGUGGGAAAGACAGUAUCCGUAAGGUGUCCCGCUCCUGAUCACAGUCCAGUGACCCCCACUGGCAGUGUCUGGGAAGUUAGGGUUAGAAAAGGGUCGAGCUUGACUGUGAUGCCCUCAAUGAUCAAGGGCAAGGCGCUAAAGGAUGGUCAUUGCCCAUGGAAUCUGUUUACAGCAAGAGUCAGUGCUUUGAGAGGAAGGGGGAAGAAUUAGAUGGAAAACCAACAGAAAUGCUGUUUCACUGGAUCAGUAAGGUGAGAGAGAAAGGCAGGAUUGCCUGGAGAAGAACCUACUAUAGAGGCAGAGAGUGAGGGCUGACCGAUCAGGAUAAACACACACCUAACUGACAAUCAGAUUUGUCAAGUAAGUUGAAAAAAUGCCCAAUUGAUGGGCCGGUUACUGCAAGUAUUUUGUUUGUUUAAUAAUUCUAGUUGUAAUCAUCGUUCACAGUUUAUAUUUUGAAUAUAUUUACAUGUACAGUUUUAAAACAUUUUUUGAUUUAGUCUUUCAUCCUCAUUUUUCAGAAUUGUCAACUUAAAUUCUAGCUUGUCUAAAAUGCUUGCUCCCUCAGCUGCAGUGUGAACAGCCCAGUGUGUAAUUAACAGCUGCAAAAAUUGUAAAACUUGCUGGAAGUAUUUGUACCACGUUGUACCAUCUUUAAGAUGACACCAUGAUAAUCUUUUGCCUAUCGUCUCUACUGGAAUUUUAGUGGAAAACUCUUUUAUGAAACCUCCUUGAGAUUCUUAUUGAUCAUCUUACUGUCAAAUUCUUUUAUAUCAGUGUUUUUUCAGUGUCUGUCAGUGGCUUUUCUUAGAAACACCUGUGAUUUCCCCCAAAUGGUGCAGUUCUGCUCUUGAGAAGAGGCAGAAGUCAAGAAAACGAGUGGUUUCAUUAACUCUAAUACAAAAGCAAAAUACUGCAGAUACUGGAAAUCUUAAAUGAAAAACACAGAAAAUGCUGGAAAUACGCAGCAUAACUGGCAGCACCAAUGGAGAAAGAAACAGAGUUAACAUUUCAAGUUGAUGACCUUUCAUAAGAGCACCUAAUAGCAUCCUGUUCCCUUUGUCACUGGAUAACAAGGAAGGAACAGUAAUGAACCUAGUUCUGUUGAUAUUCCCCACUCUUUGAAUGGAGCCCUUAAGGUCAAUGGAAUAGUGGUCUGCCCAGUACCACAGGCUGCAAAUGGCUACUGGGGACACAUUAUAAAUUCCAAUCUUACGUUAAUUUCAACAGACUGUUUAAAGAUCUAAGUGAGUUGGAUUAGGACCAGAGAGUCGAUCAGGCCUCUGAUACUUUGGAAAUAGUAAUUUUCUGCCUCUUCCCAGAACUUUUGUUCCUCAACAGUUUGAUUGCUCCAUGGGCAAUUAUUCAAGACCUAAAUGACUGUGGGAUUUUAACUAAGCUAAGAUUCAAGAUGUGCCUUCCCUAACCAAAGGGAAUGAGGGGCUGUUGGGAGGCAGAGUUUUGUGAGCUUCCUUACUGAAUGUGAAAAGAUAUUAAAAUAGAACCAGUAGUUUUACUCUUCCUUCUACUAAAGGCCCUGCUAUGCACUUGGCAAAUGCCCACAGCAGCAUGACUGAAUCCAGCAGCUUGCUAUGAGGGAGAAUAGUAUGUGUGGACCCCAGACUCAUCACUUCACAGAGCAGUUUUGCGGCACUUCAGAGUGAGUUAUUGGCUGGGGUUGUGGCCCUAUUUACAAAGUUAGUGACACUGUUAAUGUGAACUGGACAUUUAACCAGUUGAUGCCUAAUGUUACAGCUAUUCAAUGUUCUCAAUUGUUAUAAAAAUAAACAGCUGGCACAACUGCCAUGCAGUCACUGUUAAGUUGGAGCCUUUCUUUUAGUAAAAUCAGUUCUUAUUGUCACCUCUGAUGUCCCCCAGGAUCUAUCCUUGGACCUUCCCAUUUCUCAUCUUUAUGCUACCUCUCGGCAACAUCAUCUGAAAACACGGUUAAUUUUCACAUGUAGCUGAUGACAUCCAGCUCUAUCUCACCACCAUCUCUCUCAAUUCUUCAACUGUUGCUAAAUUGUCAGACUGCUUGUCCUAUAUCUAGUACUGUAGGAGCAAAAAAUAUCUUCCAGUUAAAUAUUGGGAAGACUGAAACCAUUGGUUUCCCCCACAAACUCCAUACCCUAGCCACCAACUCCACCCCUCUCCCUCAAAACCACUUGAGCCUGAACUGCGCUGUUCCCAACUCGGGUGUCAUACUUGACUUCAGUAAAUUUCCAACCACAUAUCUGCUCCAUCACUAAGACCAUUAAUUUCCACCUCUGUAAAACCACCCAACUCCACACCUGCCUCUUUCCUGCUGAAACAAACCCAGAGCAGAGCUGAAGCAGUUACGUGCAGAACGGCCCAGGAAGGUUUCUCUGACUGUUAAAUCUCUGGUGACCAGCUCCUGGAUGAAUGGAGUGAAUACAGGCUACAGCUAAAUAGUUUAAAAAUAGCUUAUCUGCUGCUGAAACCCCCAUCUGUACCCAUUACCUCUGGACUUGACUAUUCUAAUGCACUCUUGGUUGGCCUUCCACAUUCUAUUCUCUGUAGUUUUGAGGUCAUCCAAAACUCUGUUGUCUGUGUCCUAAUUCAUACCCAGUCCUGUUCAGCCAUCACCUUUGUGCUAAUUGGCCUACACUGGCUCCCAUCUAAGCAACAACUUUAAAAUUCUCAUUCUAGUUUUCCAAUCCCUUCAUGGCCUCAACCCCAUUCCCCCUUCUCUGUAAUCUCCUCCAGCCCCAGGAUCCUCCUUUAAGACUAUCCUUAAAACCUCUUUGUCGAAGCUUUUGGUCAUUAAUCCUAAUAUCUCCUUGUGAUUCGUGUCCAAUUUUGCAUUAAGAUGUUCUUGUAAAGUGCUUUGGGGAAUUUUAUUAGGUUAAAGUGACUGUAAAAAUACAAGAUAUUGUUCUUUACAAGGUUAAUCCAUGACGUGGCUUCAGUUAGGAGUUAAUGACACCUAAAUUUAGCUCACCAAACUCUUACAAAUCAGUUUGGAUUAUAUUCACAUUUACCAAUCUUUCAUUGUGAUUUGCAUAAAUUACUGGGUAAAUGAAUCAGCCCUUUCUCCUCAGUAAUCAAAAGACAGAAAGUCCUGAACUAUCAGCUAUUUAAUGUUAGAAUCAUAGUUAACAGCAUAACUAAUUAGUAAACAGGUUUAAUUAACAAAAUGAGGGUUUACAAAGUCAUUUGGAUAUAUCAUUUCUGCUCUAAGUUGGAUGAUUAGUUCAAAAGAAAUUAAUUCUGUUCUCCCCAGACCUUUAUUACUUUCUAUUUGCCUUCCAUUUUCAAUUGUUUGCAUUGCAAAUUUGCAUGUACUAUUUCUCAUGGUGGUGUUGGCAUUUACAUACAAUGUAAAUACUUUAUUUCUCUCUCUUCCAUAUAUUCCUGUUCAGUUAUUGAAACAUUUUCUAUAACAAUGUUAUCUCCAUAAACUUAAUAUGUGAAGUAUAGAAUUCCUGCUGAAACAAACCCAGAGCAGAGCUGAAGCAGUUACACGCAGAACGGCCCAGGAAUGUUUCUCCGACUGUUAAAUCUCUGGUGUCCAGCUCCUACAGGAGUGAUGAAUGGAGUAAAUACAGGCUACAUCUAAAUAGUUUAAAAAUUAAAGAUAAUUAUGUAUUAGAAGGUUUAUUUGGUCUAUCUUUAACAUCUACUAUAGCAAACUUAUUAAAUGCUUCCCCAUGGUUUUUGCCUCUACGGUAGUGUCUGAAAGUGAUGUUGAGUACGUAUUGUGUGAAAAAGA